GGUUUUGACACAACUGCCAUUGCUAUCCAGUUCGCAUUCUACUUUCUUGCCAAAAAUCCACACGUUCAGGAAAAGGCCGUGAGAGAACUUCGGGAUAUUUUUCACGCUGCCGGGUCUACGGAAGUGACAGCGGAGACGCUGCAACGCAUGCAGUAUGUGGAUAUGAUUGUGAAGGAGACCCUGCGUUUGCACCCACCCGUCUUCUUUUACGUGAAGGAAGCAGGUGUUGACACUCCUCUUGUUUCCAGCAAUCUCGUCGUUCCCGCAGGAGCUAUUGUGUUGAUAUCUCCAAGGACUAUGCACAUAAAUCCCAAGUUGUACCCUGAUCCGCACGUGUUCGAUCCAGAACGUUUCUUUCCCGAGAACUCUGCCAAACGACACCCUAGCGCUUUCAUUCCAUUUGGUGCUGGAAUGCGAGCUUGCAUGGGUAGGUAU